AUGGCCGAAGUCCGGUGGACUGGGCCCCUCGCGCAGCACGACUUGCAGCACACGCGCAAGGACGACACGCAUCUGCGUACAGUGCUGCAGCAAUUGCAGAUGUCGGACGCCAGUGCGCCGUAUUCUUUUCUCGGCAACGAAUAUGCGAAGCUACGAGCGCCAGACGAAGAAGAAGUGGAAAAGGGAGAGGAAGAGGAGGAAGAAGACGGUGACGUAGAUGGUGGGUUUGACCGCGCUCUUGCACGGCGACAGGCGCGUUUGGACUUGGCGACUGACUCCAUGGCAAAACUGGCAGCAGGAAUUGAGCUGAAGAGCACGAACGAUCGAGUUGCGCUGCUGGAGCGACAGCUUUUGGACGCGGAAGAGAUUAUUUGCCACCUCAAGGCCGAGAAACUUGCUGCACUGCGAAGUAUGGAGCGACUCAGUGUUGCAGCUGCUGAUGGGGGGAAGAAAGAGGCGUAUGUGGAUGGUGAUCGUAUACAGAAACGAGAUGUGGUGUUGGAACUAGAGACGAGGCUGGCAGAGCAGAAUGAGAAGUACGCACGUGACCAGAAACAAAGCAUGGCGGUGAUUCGAGACCAGAAAAGUGAGCUCGAGAUGCUGCGGAAGCAGGUAGCUCAUGUAUUGAAACAGUAUGAGGAGCUGCAACAGAGACACAUGGAGUUGCUGGAGCUAGAUGAACCGGUUACAAUGAUGCAGCAGGGCGUGACGAGUGAUGAUGUACGUAUAUUUGAAGAAGAACGCAAUCAAGACAACAAAGCAAAGGCGAUCGGUUUGCACAAGGGCGACAGUCUCGGGCGAGCACGAGCUCUAGCUGAUGCUGAUGCAGUGAACUCAAAGUGGCAGGAAGAGCUGGUGCGCCACCCGACGCCACACUUUGAAAUGCAGUCGCCGGAGGUGUCCUACAUUCUUCAAGCUUGGACACAAAACAUCAAGAAGAUACGAUACUUGCGCCGCUGGCUUAUACAGGUGGUCGUCACAAAGGGUCCGCUGCCGGACGAUUUUCCUAUGGCUGUAGAGCUACCACGGCUUCCACUCGAAGUACGCGACGGUUUUCUUACACUUGUGCUCCCACUGCUUCGCAAGCAGACUGAACGAGAGAUCAUUGCUCAUUCGCGUCGAUACAACGACGGCAUCCAUAUUGACCUCCGCUUCCGUGUGGUGCCACGUUAA